ACCUGCAGCGCCAUUUUGAAAGCAGAGCCCCCGACAUUUUUCUCUUCUUCCUAGAAACCCAAAAUACCUUCCCUUCGCUUCACUUCUUCUUCUUCUCGUUGAAGAACAAUGGCAAAUGAGUUUUCUAACUUUCCACCAAAUUUGGACGAUGAUAAACUUUGGCUCCCUUCUGACAUUUUCCUCAACGAUGUCCCUUCCAAAUUCAAGCCCCACCUUCACCACCAUCACCACAAUCUCCCUUUCACUUGCAUGGACGACUUAGCUCUUCGUUUCGCUGCUCUUUCUCUUUCUAAACAUCAGCAAAAACCACCCAAAUCUUCCAACUUUGAGAGGCGUAAAGAACCGGCUCGUUACAGUUCGAUGAAUGGCACUGGUUUCGAAGUGGGUCAAAGCUUUUACGGGCUGAGAACCGGUCCAUUUCUUGGCGGGACUAAACCGGUUUAUGAAUUUCAGUUCUUGAAACCAAAUCAAGACGAGGUAAGAAAAAGCUUUUGGUUUUGGUGUUUUUACAGUCAUGAACGGUCUUUCCAGUGUUUGAUGGGAUGUUAUUAAAGCUAAAUAACUCGUUCUCAUUAUUUUAUACAUUUUGUUUUGUAGGUUGAGAGCUACGUUGAAGCAAGG